AUGGACGGCACUGCCAUCGUGUCGGAUGACCACUUCGACCCCCCGUCGCGUCUGUUCGAGCGUCUCCGCCAGAUUGCUGGUUAUACCUGGGAUGAGUCCAGACUUCCCUUCCACACAUCCUAUGACAUUUGGCACGUAUGUGGCACCAGAUUCGUGUCACCCUAUCAACCCUCCUCAUCAUCCCACCCCGCCUCCAGUCCUGGAUCAACCGCGAGACUCCAGUCCGGCCGACCCUCACCCUCAGAGCAUGCGAGCUCCACGAGCCUGCACUCCGGUCUACCCAGCGAUGCUAGCAGCGACUUCUCUGCCACCUCUCCCCCAGCCAGCCAGGCUACUGGUGCCGAAAUAUCAUACAUAGAAGAGCCCGUGGUGGCUCGCGUCUCAUACCACGUCCUUCGUGAAGAGAGGGCGUUCCAUAUCGCCAAAAACCUAUUCGCUACAGCUGAUCCCAAUGGCCAUCACAUUGUCAAGCCACUCGAUCUCAUCCGUCUCGCGCCUCACCCGGGCGACCGCGGUUCCAUUGUGGUUGCAAUCUACCAACACCCCGGCCAGAACUACUUGUUUGAUUUGAUAGACCUGGGACCAGCCUUUUACAAGGCAAGGAAGGUGGAUGACAGAUAUGAAGCCUAUCGUAGAGACAAACUUCAUCUGAAAGAGCCCAUCAACUUACAAGAAUUCCUCGAUUUCGCGAUUGGCGCAAGUCAGUGUCUUGAAAUCCUCCACUACGGGCAGGUCAUCACCCACGGAGAGAUUCGCCCUGAUUCCUUUCACUUCAAUAUCGACACGAAUUCUGUCAAACUGAUCAAUUUUGGUACGGGCACGAGGUCAUUCGAGGGCGGCUUGUCGAGUACGUCCUGGUCAAGCUUAUCGAAAGAGCUAGGCGCCAAGAACAAGCUCCUCUAUAUCAGCCCCGAGCAGACCGGACGUAUGCCGGCGGAACCUGACAGCCGGACUGAUAUAUACUCUCUCGGUGUCGUUUUCUGGACUUUGCUCACUCAACAGCCUGUUUUUGAGGGGGAGACGCCUUUGGACAUCGUACAAGGCGUUCUGGGCCGACGGAUCCCCAACGUUUCCCAGGUUCGGCUCGAUAUACCAGACGUCAUUGGGCGCAUCAUACAGAAAUGUACAGCGAAGAAUGUGGCCGACCGCUAUCACUCGGCAAGCGGCCUGAAACAUGACUUGUUAAAAGUGCAGCAGUUCUUGACCGACGGUGACUGGCUGGCACUCAAGGAGUGGAAGAUUGGAGAGAAGGAUAUAUCAUCGUUCUUCAUCCUACCUAAGUUGAUUACUCAGAUCAUUGGAGCACGAAUGAAGAUGGUCGUCAUCAUAACAUACCGCCCUGAGGAGCUGUCCCCCGAGCGAGUACAGUCCAUCAUUCAGCCUCCUGAAUCUGAAGAAUUCCCUCGGUCGGGCGGGCCGGUCGUUACUCGCAUCCGACUAAAUCCAUUAGGCGAGGAGGAGAUAAUUCAAUACGUGUCGACCACGCUCUGCAGGCCAAAAGAGGAGGUCAUGCCGCUGGCCAUAGUCAUACAGUCGAAAACCGCAGGAAAUCCGUUUUAUAUGCGGGAGAUGCUAAGCGCGUGUUACCGGAAAAGGUGCAUUUGGUACGACUACAGGGACAGCAACUGGCACUUCGACCUUGACAGGCUUUUUGAGCACUUCCAGGGCGAAAGCGAUUACGACAUACUUGACACGGGUUUCAUUACCAGGAGGCUAAAUGAGUUACCCCCAUCUUCUCGAGCGAUACUUGCCUGGGCUGCACUGCUUGGCUCAUCCUUCUCAUUCGAGCUCAUCACCAGACUUCUGAGCGGGGAAUUCCAGUACGAAGAUGAAACCACAUGCCGGGGUCCUGGAAACGAGCGAUAUCACGCAUCGUACUCUCAACAAGAAGCAGUCAACGGUCUUCAAGCUGCCGUUCAGGCCUACAUUAUCGUCCCUAGCGAGACAGACGACAGGUUCCGGUUUGCCCAUGAUCGAUUCAUUCAAGCGUCAGCAGCCCUCAAGGAGUGCAAUGCUCGAAAGAUGCACUUCGUCAUCGCGCAGACUCUUUUGAAAUACUACUCCGCAGAUCCUAGGGCAAAGGACAAUACAGCCUCGCAUAUUUGUGAGUCUGUUGACAUUAUUAAAAAGCGAGUCCCUCGACGCGAGCCAUACCGGAAGCUGCUGUUUGACUGUGCACAAGCCGCCGUCGAGAAUUGCGCCAGGCCAACAGCAUCAAAGUUUUACAGCACAGCAGUAGCGCUGUUGCAACCAGAUCCGUGGAACGACGAGCUCGAUGAUGUAUCUUACGAUGAGACCAUGCAGCUACAUCUUCGCGCCGCCGAGUGUUAUCUUUACAUGGGAAAUCACGGAGCAGCUAAUGCCCUGCUCGAGACAGUUUUCAUAUGUGCUCGAAGUCCCUUGGACAAAGCACCAGCCUAUGUCCUGCAAUCGAGAACAUUGGCUCAGAUCGGAAAUGCAAAGGGGGCAUUGGCAUCAUUGAGAGAGUGCCUUCGCGCACUGGACGUCGAAUUUGAUGACGAUCCGACGUUUGAAAAGUGCGACGACCAGUUCGAGAAAAUGUCCGUCAGGAUUCAGACGAUGGACAAAACCGAGCUUAUGAACCCAACACCAUCGCUGGAUCCCGGCUUGCCGUCUAUCGGAGCAGUACUGGCAGAAACUGUCAGCGCGGCAUGGUGGAGCGACUAUCUUCGGUUUUAUCAGCUUUCCUUGGUUAUGCUGGAGCUCCAUCUCACUCAUGGCGCCUUCCCGCAGUCUGGAAUGGCGUUUCUGCAUCUCGGAAUCAUUGCUCUCGCUAGGUUUAACAUGGUCAGUUUCGCAGUCGAGGUGGGCAAUGUCUGCAUCGAACUGCUUGGUCGAUACCGAGACCCAUUUUCAAUGGCCAGAGGUUACAUGCUCUACGCAAACUUCAUCGGCCACGUACAGAUACCGGUGGCCGUUGCGUUAAAUCACUUGGAGGGGUCUGUAGAGUAUGCCGCAGCAGCCGGCGACAGAAUCUCUUCCAUCCUCAGUUUCGGCCUGGCAGCGCAACUCAAGUUCUUUUCGAGCGAGAACUGCUCAGAUCUGGAAGCGUUCUGCCAGUAUGGUUGCGAAGAGAUUCCAAACUGGCAUCAGGAUACAAGAGGCGGCACUCUGCUUAUCUCAAUCCGACAGGCUUGUCGCGCUUUGCAGGGGAAAACCCGCACAACUGAGCCGCUAGAUGUUAUGACAGACGACCAGCACAAUUCCGCAACCUACAAGGCUUGGCUAAGAACCAACACCCAAAAUGGCAAUCGCUCCAUCCUCUGGUACGAGAGCAUUGAGAUCGUGCCUCUGUUUAUCUAUGGCCAUUACGACCGAGCCAUUGAGGUCGGACAGGCGUGCUACGAAAGCGUUCAAAACCUAUGGUCUGCGCGGAACAGUAGGCUGGUGAUCUUCUUUUACGGUCUUGCCCUCGCCGGUCGCAUGCUCCGCAGACUCAAUGACCCUCGGUUAGACCCGAACGACUUGAUCGAGGAGACAGAGGACACUGUAUACAAGCUCCGGGAACUAACGAAGAGGAUCAAGGAAUGGGAAGUGUACACUGACGUCAACUACCUCUCUUGGUCCAGAAUAUUGGAAGCGCAGAUUGACGAGUUAACCUGCGACUAUGGUGGAGCCGUCAAACUGUACGAGGAAUCCUUGGACAACGCUGAGGAGCACAAUUACUUAUUUGAGGCGGCUUUGGGUAACACGCUGAUGGCAGGCACACUCGUCAGGCGUAAAGCUCGCAGACUGGCGCGGUCGGCUUUCAGGGAUGCCAUCGCCUUCUACCGACAAUUUGGUGCUGUGGCUGUGGCUGAGCGCCUGGAAGAAGAGCACGCGAUUCUAUUACACAGUCCGACGAGAAACCCGCGGACGACGGACGCCGCUGUCCAGACUGAUUUCGCUGGAGACAGCAGUGGCGUCGACUAUCGUGCUGUCGAUGGCGAGGAAAAUCAAGAUGCUUUGCAGCAUGCGAAUCAAACUGCCAUCGCCGAUAUCAAAGGCGAGCGCAUAGGGGCAUGGCGCGGCUCGAUGCAUGAACACAACGAGCCUGGGGCAGGUCUGCCUGCCCUUGAUAUGAUCGAUUUGCACGCGAUUCUGCUCUCGUCACAGGUCAUUUCAGGAGUUCUUCGGGUCGACGAGCUGCUGAAGACCAUGUGCGACGUUAUCCUGCAAACUUGCGGCGGUUCAGCUACGCUUGCAGCCAUUGUGGUCCAGGACUCCGAUGAAUCAGGUUGGUGUCUCGCGGCAAGUGGCGAUCCCGAGAGAGGUGCAUCGGCGCACAUACCAGGGCUUCCCCUGGCGGGCACAUCUCUCGUUGCGGAGAACGUCAUAUUGUACUGCACUCGCUUCCGCGAAGCCGUAUUCAUCCCGGACAUCAUUAGCGAUGAGCGGUUUGGCAACGUGAGUGAGGCUUGGCUUCAGAGAAACGUAUUGAGCAAAGCUAUCAUUGCUAUUCCCAUUUGUCAUGGCUCCAAGCCGCUCCUCGGCGUCUUGUAUUUGGAGGGCGAGCCGGGCUCUUUCACUGACCGCAACGUAUCCGUCCUACAGUUGCUAGUCAAUCAGAUUGGCAUUAGUUACUCCAAUGCCCUGGCAAUGAAGGCGGUCGAGAAGGUAUCAGCAGAAAACGUUUCAAUGGUUUCACUUCAGAAGCGUGCUCUCGCCAAGGCGUUGGAGGCAGAGACCAAAGCCAAGCAUGCCGAGGCUGAAGCCAAGCGAAAUGUCAAGCUGGCCGAAGAGGCUGCCAAGGCCAAGUCAAUAUUCCUGGCCAACGUUUCUCACGAGCUACGGACACCACUCAACGGCGUCAUUGGCAACUCAGAACUACUCAGAGACAGCAACCUGGACAAGGACCAACAGGAGAUGGCUGAUUCAAUAAGAGUAUCGGCCGACUUGCUGUUGACGGUCAUCAACGACAUUCUCGACUUCUCUAGAAUGGAGGCCGACAAGAUGAAGCUAUACGUCAUUGCCUUUAAUCCAGAGGAAAUGGUCCGGGAGGUUGUUCGCGCCGUCUCUUACAGCAACAGGCAGAAGACGCAGCGAAGAAAUGUCAAGAUCAUCCAGGACAUCAACCUACCUUCGAUGCUCAUUUACGGAGACCCCAUCAGACUGCAUCAAGUCCUCGGCAACCUCAUAGGGAACAGUCUGAAGUUCACCGAAGAUGGUUCAAUCACCAUUGGUGCACGCGUCGAUUCUGAGACUAAGGAUAAAGCGACGUUGACCUUCAGGGUGCAAGACACCGGUAUCGGCAUUCCCCAGCAGCAACUUGCCAAACUCUUCCAGCCAUUUAGCCAGGCUGACAAUAGCACGGCGCGAAAGUACGGCGGUAGCGGUCUCGGCCUCAGCAUCUGCAAAUCUUUGAUCGAAACCAUGAUGAAGGGCAAAAUCCAGCUGGAAAGCCAAGAGAAUGUAGGGACCACUGCCUGGUUCACGGUUACGUUCGACAAAGCAAAGUCAGACGUCUCUGCCGGAGACGCACAACAGAUCAAAUCUCCGCCACCAGUGGAGCGUUCCGCUUUACCCGUCUCAGAGAGAAGAAUGACCUCUCCCAACCCUUUCCUGGAUCUCACUGCCAUUCCCAAAGAACAGAUCAGGAUAUGCAUUGCUGAGGACAAUCCGAUCAAUCAGAAGAUUGCCAUCCAGUAUGCUCAGAGACUGGGAUACACCACAGUAGACGCCUUUGAGAACGGUCUGAAGGCUGUCGAAGGCUUACGGCAAAAGGCAAGAGAAGGCCAGCCGUACCACGUGGUCCUCAUGGAUGUACAAAUGCCAGUGCUGGACGGUUACGAAGCGACAAAAAUGAUUCGUAAGGAUUCCAUCGACGUGGUGCGCAAAGUGUUGGUUAUCGCCAUGACAGCGUCAGCUAUUCAAGGAGAUCGAGAGAAAUGUCUAGCGGCUGGUAUGAACGAUUACCUGGCAAAGCCUGUUCGGUCUGAAGUGCUAAAAAAGAAGUUGGAUACCUACGUCAGCCCCCAGGCAUCCAAUGCCUCUUCUCCGGACGGAGUCCGUAACCACACCACCUCGCCAUCUUAUUUCACGGCGGAUCUCAUCGGUGCUGCUACCAACUUCUCUCUGCCGAUCAGGGACAAUCCGGCAUACAGUCGGCCAACUGGCAGCAGCACGGCACCCAGCCAAGCGUCGACAGACACCAGAUCUACUAUUGACAUAGGCUCACUAUCUGAGACUCAGUCGCAAGCAGCUUCACAGAAGCGGUCGUCCCGAAAGCUGACCAAAACGCGAAACAGCAUCGACCCAGCAUCGGCCGAGAAACCACGAGCUGUUCUCACCAAAAAACCUCCACAACGUCAGGGUACUGGGUCUUCGAUGGAUGCAGAUGGCAAAUCGGAUAAUCAAACUUUCUACCCCAACAACCGCAGUAGUAUCAGCUCACUGGGGUCCGGCAGUAGGGACAAGACGUUUCCUAGCUAG